AUGUUUUUCCUUCCUUUUCUUUCUUCCUUCUUUUCUUUCAUUCCUUCCACCCUCCCUUCCUUCCAUCCUUCCUUCUCCUUCCUUCCUUCCUUCUUUCCUUCCUUCCUUCCUUCCUUCCUUCCUUCCAACCUUCCUUCCUUCGUUACUCCAUCCAUCUUUUCCUUCCUUCCUUCCUUCCUUCCUUCCUUCCUUCCUUCCUUCCUUCCGUCGUUCCUCCUUCCAUCCUUCGUUCCUCCUUCGUUCCUCCUUCCAUCCUUCUUUCCUCCUUCCUUCCUUCCUUACUUCCUUCCUUCCUUCUUUCCACCUUCCAUACUUCCUUCCUCCUUCCUACCUUCCUUCCUUCCAUGCUUCCUACCUUCCUUUCUUCCUUCCUUCCUUCCUCCAUCAAUCCUUCCAUCCUCUUUCCUUCCUUCGUUCCUCCUUCCAUCCUGCGUUCCUCCUUCGUUCCUCCUUCCAUCCUUCGUUAACCCUCCCUUCCUUCCUUCCUUCCUUCCUUCCUUCCUUCCUUCCAUAUUCCUCCUUCCUUCCUUACUUCCUUCCUCCAUCCAUAUUCUUCCUGGCUUCCUCUUUCCAUCCUUUUUUCCUUCGUUCCUCCUUCCUUCCUUCCAUCCAUCUUCCUUCCAUCCUUCCUUCCUUCCUUCGUUCUUCCUUCUUUGUACCUCCUUCCAUCCUUCCUUCCUAUUUCCUUCCCUCCUCCUUCUUUUCUCCUUCGUCCUUCGUUCCUUCCUUAUUUCCUUCCUUCCUUCCAUCCUUCCUUCCUCCUUUCUUCCUUCCUUCCUUCCUUCCUCUUUCCUUCCUUCCUAUUUCCUUCCUUCCUCCUUCCUUCUUCUUUCCUCCUUCGUUCCUUCCUUACUUCCUUCCUUCCUUCGUUCCUCCUUCCAUCCUUCCUUCGUUCCUCCUUCGUUCCUCCUUCCAUCCUUCCUUCCUUCCUGCGUUCCUCCUUCCAUCCUUCCUUCCUCUUUCCUUCCUUCCUCAUUCAUUCCUUCCUUCGUUCCUUUUUCCUUACAUCCUUCCUUCCUCCUUCCUUCAUUCCUUCGUUUCUCCUUCCAUCCUUCCUUCCUUACAUACUUCCUUCCCUCCUUUCUCCGUUUCUCCUUCCAUCCUUCUUUCGUCCUUUCUUCCUUCCUCCUUCAUCCCUUCGUUCUUUCCAUCCUUCCUUCCUUCCUUCCUUCCUCCUUCCUUCCUCACUUCCUCCUUCCUUCCUCACUUCCUUCCUUCCUUCCUUCCUUCCUUCCUUCAUUCCUUCCUUCCUUCCUUCCUUCCUUCUUUAAUCCACUUUAUUUCUCCGUCUAUCAUUCUUUCUUUCUUUCUUCCUUUCUUUCUUUCUUUCUUUCUUCUAUUUCACUUUGUUCUUCUUUUAGACUUCCUUCCUUCCUUCUUUUUUGCGCCACUUCAAUUUUCUUUCUUUCUGUCUUUCUUUCUUUCUUUCUUUCUUUCUUUCUUUCAACAAUCUCAUAUUCUUGA